AAAACGCUCGCCGACUUUGACUUCGAUAUGAAACAGUCGCUGCAGUUGGUGCUCUGUCUGAUCAUAACAACGUUGCAGUUCAUUGAGACGCACGAACACGGCGAUGGAUUCAAGCCAGAUGGAGAAAUACUACGGGUGCUUGUCAAUAGCUCGGCACAAAUAAAGUGCGAUGUGGGCUCCAGUCUACCCGAUGAUAAAGUGCUGCUGGUCGUCUGGUAUAAAAAUAAUUUGCCCAUAUAUAGUUACGAUACACGUGGGGCACAUGCAGGUACGCCUUCACAUUGGCGUGAUGAGGAGGUGCUUGAAGAUCGCGCAGUUUUUCGUACACACAAGGAACCGGCGGAAUUGAUUAUAAAUCCAGUUAAGGAAAAGGAUGCGGGAAACUUUCGCUGCCGGGUGGACUUCAAGCUCUCGCAGACCAGAAAUAGCAAUGUCAAUUUGGAAGUUGUUGUGCCCCCUCAGCAGCCUAACAUUUUCAAUGAGCGUCGUCUACGUAUCGAUUCACGGGCCGGACCUUACGAAGAGGGCGGCAGUCUAGAAGUGACCUGUGUCGUUUAUGGUGGCUCGCCGCCGCCAACUGUCACCUGGCUGAUGAAUGGCCAACUACAGAACAGCGUCGUCGAUUACACCUAUGACGGCACCAUCAACAGCAAAUUAGUCGUGCGCAACCUGUCACGCAUACACCAGCAUGCGGUCUACACGUGUCAAGCGAGCAACUUCCACAAGAAAUAUGUGGCCACCAAUAUCACUAUCGAGCUAUACCUGCGUCCACUACUGGUGGAAAUAAGUUUUAACAAUCAGCCUAUGUCAGCGGAUCGCAAGUAUGAGAUUGAAUGUCAGGCCAUUGGUUCAAGGCCACCGGCUAAAAUCACAUGGUGGAUGGGAAAUUUGGAGCUACAUGGACACAGCCAGAAGGUCUCCGAGGAUGGCAAUGUAAGCACCUCUGUACUUUCGAUCACGCCCACCCGUGAGGAUCAUGGUAAAGCGUUAUCAUGCCGCGCCACCAACGAGCUGGUACGCAACGGUAUACGCGAAACUGCCAUGAAACUGAAUGUAUUUUUUAUACCCACCUUACAAUUGGAUCUUGGCUCAAAUUUAAAUCCCGAGGAUAUAGAGGAAGGCGACGAUGUUUACUUCGAGUGUAAAGUGCAUGCAAAUCCAGCUGCUUAUAAAGUUGUAUGGAAACAUAAUCACCAGAUAAUUCAACAUAAUCAGCGCGCUGGCGUAAUUGUAAGUAGCGGGGAUUUGGCGCUGCAGGGCGUCACGCGGCACCAGGCCGGCAACUACACAUGCACCGCCUCUAACGUGGAAGGCGAUGGGGACUCCAAUGUGGUCGAGCUGAAAGUGAUGUAUAAGCCAAUUUGCCGGCCGGAUCAAAAGAAAAUCUACGGUGUGGCCCGCAACGAAGCUGCCGAAAUCAUUUGCGAAGUGGAUGCCUUCCCACCGCCAGAGAACUUCAAGUGGUCAUUCAACAACACCGCUGAGACUUUUGAUAUGCCUCAAAGUGGCUUUAGACCACACUCAGCACAGGGUUCUACGCUAACAUAUACGCCGGUUAAGGAAAUGGACUUUGGCACCAUUAUGUGUUGGGCUGAUAACAAUGUGGGCCAACAGAAAGAACCUUGCGUCUUUCAUUUGAUAGCUGCAGGCAAGCCGGAGACUCCAUCCAACUGUACAGUGGUCAAUCAAACAUCCGACUCAUUGGAAGUUUAUUGUAUCGAAGGGUUCGAUGGCGGCUUGCGCCAAUGGUUCUUCAUGGAAAUCUACGAUCAGCACAAUGGUAUUUUACAGGCCAACAUAAGUGCCAAGUUCGCGGUACUCAGCGUUGCGGGAUUGGAUGCGGGUCGUAUGUUUCGCAUUUAUAUAUAUGCCGUGAACGCUCGUGGUCGAAGCGAUGCGGCAGUUGUCGACGGAUAUACGCUUAAAGCGGCCGAAAAACAAACAGUUGCACUGACCUCCUUCAAGGGCAGCUCUCAAGGCACGAGCAGCUUUGAGCUCACCCCCAUACUCUCUAUUGGUAUAUUCGUGGGCAUUCUUGUGGCCCUCGUAUGCAUCGGCAUUGGAACUAUAGCCGCACUAAAACUGCGCUCGCAUAAGCAUCAACAGCAGCAAAAAUAUCAACACCAAAAUGCAAAAUUCUCACGACCUGGCAAUUUACAAAUUAAGGAUAAAAUCUCGUUGCCAUUAAGUCAUUCCGAGGAGAUGUACGAUGAGAAAAAUCCGGAUGUGGUGCCAUACAAUGAAGUUGAUGGUGAAUAUAAACAAAAAUCAGCAACACAAACGCCAUCGGGACAUCUUUCGACAACCAGCGAAGCGGAAAUCAGUUGCAAGCCAGCAUCUGCAAUGGGUGGGAGCAGUGGUGGCGGGAGCAUUGGGGCCGGCGUGUCCGUCGUUCCUGGCGUUCCCGGUGCUGGCAGCUCCGCAGACAGCGGGGCCUAUCAGAGUAGCAAGGACGAUGAACUGCACUACGCCGAGCUGGCAUUGACAAGUGCUGCUGCCACAGCAGCCGGUGCUUCUGCAGCCAGCUCAACAGCGUCAGCCACUCUUAAAAAGACGCAGGACUGUGCACAGCUGUUAUUGCAAAGCACUGGGCAACCCAUUAUUGGUGGUACCUUGCCGCAUGGAGCCAGCAUGCGAAAACUGCUGCCUAACAUACCCACUACAGCAACGCUGCAGCGUCACAAACCCAACUCCAAUGCGGGUGCGGGAGCAGGCGUUGGCGUUGGCGUGGGAGUGGGCAUGCAGCAUGCCGCAUACGAUUACUUUGAAGAGCCUACGAUAUAUGCGCAAAUCGAUGCAUACAAGACCAGGAGCGCUGGUGCGUGCGGAGCGGCUAUCAGUGUGGACACAAUGGCCGCCAAUGCUGCAGCCAGCUUUCCACCAUGCAUCUCAUCGCCCGGAUCGCACGGCACGCCAUCUACGGUGUCGCCGGGCACUGUGCAAAUGUAUACGUUACCCUCACAUCCGGGAGGUUACCACACGCUGCCGCACAACCAUCAUCAGAUGGAGCAGAUGCCACACAACUCCGCCUCCAUGAUGCAGAUGAUGGCUGCCGCAGCAGCUCAACAGCAGCAGCAACAGUUUAAUCACCAUGGGCACAGCAAUCUACCGAUGCCACCAUCGUACCAGCAGCAUCAGCAACAGCAACAACAGCAGCAUGGCCAAAUGCUUGGAUCCAGCAACAGUAGCGGCUUGGCCUCGACGGCUGCUGUAACAAGCCCAAGUAGCUCGCUCUCCGGUCUCUCGGGAGUCGGAAAGUCAUAUUCUCGAGAGAUUGUCACCGUGCGUACGCCUCUCAUGUAUUCGCAGCAAGAGAGCUGCGUGUAAGUUGCAACAACUUGUAAUUCUUUAGAUAGUCUUUAAGUAUGUCUAGUUGGUGGCUAUAUCCGUUGUGGUUUGUGUCUAGGCUAGGCUAGGUAGUCAACUACUUAGGAUUGUAGGUCCUGCGUUGCCAAAACGAAUUGAAAUGAACAUAUGCCGACUUAAAAAAGUUGAUGCCAACUAAUAUUGGAUCAAUAAAUUGAUCAUUUGCCAUUCUCUCUUCCUUCAAAUAAAGACGCAUAGUUCCAUUCUUUGAUUAAACUGUAAACGUUGCGCUUAAAUUGUACAUGAAUAUUUCAAUGCCAUGUCAACCUCGACCAAUAAAAAAAAGAGGGACAUUAGCUGGUUUAAUACAAAAUUAAUAAAUCAAUAUUGAUUAACAUAAACAAUUGUGCAAUAGAAAGAGAAUUUGCAAUUAUUAUUUCCAUUAUUCCAUAAUUCACAUAAAGCAAUAUUUCGAUAUUCAUCUGACACACUAAAUUUUAAUGACGGGAGAUGUCGAUUGAAGUGUAACGAAUUGGAUGUUUUUACAAUAUUUUUUAAU